CUUGUCUAUCUCGCAUCGCAUUAGUCACAGAAGAGGCAUCCACUGUCUGUCUUCUUUCCACCUGUAAAGGAUGGUGACUCGGUGAAUCCCUCCAGUGUAUCACUUCCGCGUAGUUUGGGCAUUCAGUCAUCCGCGGUCAAUGACAGCUAGAAUAUCUCGAGUCUUCACCAAUACAUGUGGGAAUCUAUUGUAUAUGACCUGCAAUCGGUCACGUAUCAAACAAGGUUCUAGUUCUCCUCUCUGUCCACACCUUGCGCCCGAGUCGAUCGCCGUAGGCUGUGAUUAGGACCCGGUCUUGAGGGGCGAUACAAUCAGCAGUACUUGUUCCUGCAGCUGGUUGAAAUGUAAGGCCAGGCAGGGGAAAGAAUUGCAGGGGUGGUGUUGGAAUAUGUCAAGCGGCACCUGCCGGUGUGGCAAUCACAGUGCCUGUCACAGGCGAUUUGUACUUCUGCAUCUGACGGAAGCCACCCUCCAAAUGAUGCGGAAAGUAUCCCUUCCUUUACUCACCUCCUUCGGCAGCAGGACGCCUCCUCGUGACAUCUCCAUAUUCUCAUCCCGCCUGUUCGAGCGAAAAGGCAUGUAUCUCCCCCCUCGACUGAACACCCUUCCUCUCACCUGAUGAGGAUGUAGUCUUGCACGGGUAGGAGUGACUGCGUGCUCCCCAAUCCAUCAGACUCUACGAGGUGCGCGACAGUCCCACGAAGAUCACGGACGCCAAGGCGAGGAGUCCAGUGGGCUGUCAAAAAUGCUGCUUCUACAACACUCAGCAGAGGAAUCAUCAUCAAAUGGACGACUUCCUGGGAACUCGCGAGUCGCCGAGAAGCUUUGGCGAGCUUCUGCAACAAGUAAGGCCACGUUCGUUCGUUCGUUAACGGACACCGAGGUCCCGGCCCCUGAGGGCAGAUGCUCUGUCCAUAAAAGCGUUUGUCA